AUGACCAGUGAAUUAAAGGAAUUGAAGUCGCAGCAACGGCAGGUGCGGAGUACGUUUGAAGGUGUGAAGCAGUUCAUCCUGAAGUACAAGCGGGAGAAGCAUGAGACCCAAAUCGCAACCAGGAUGGAAAUAUUGGAGGAAGCGAUGAAGAAGCUGUAUGUGCUGCGACGAAAAAUCGAGGUGCUCACAGAAGAAGCUGAUGAGCAGGAGUUUUUGGGCUCAAAGGAGGAACCUGCAGAACUGAAGGCUCGCUUGUCUGCUCUCGUCGAAAAGCGUCAGCUCGAGAACAGCGCUGUCAUCCAGCAAGCUGAAGACACGUACUGUGAGCUGAAAUCGGCACUUCAGAACUUGCGCCCUAAUGAAUCAGCUACACCGUCAGUUCAACCCAGACCGACUGCCUUGUCUACGGUCAAACUACCAGAGAUUCGGCUCCCCAGUUUCGGCGGCAAAAUCCGAGAUUGGGUAACGUUUCGAGACAUGUUUAGAAGUCUGAUCCACCGUAAUCAACAGCUGACGGACAUCGAUAAGUUUACUUAUCUCAGAUCGUCACUUGAAGGCGAAGCACUCCGGGAGAUCGCAAUGAUUGAAAUUACCGCUGCAAACUACAUCAUUGCCUGGGAAAUGCUGCAGAAACGGUAUGAGAACAAGAAACUAAUUGUCAAGGCUCAUAUCGACGCUCUGUUCGCAGUAGAACCGCUGAAACGAGAAAAUUACGAGGCAUUGUGUCAUCUCAUCAGCGAGUACGACCGCAAUCUUCAAAUGCUGGACAAAAUCGGCGAAGACACCCCGAAGUGGAGUACAAUCCUUUUACACAUGGUGUGCUCCAGACUAGAUGCCGCCACCCUACGAAAUUGGGAAACUCACUAUGGUUCCACGGAGGUCCCAACGUAUGACCAGUUAAUGGAGUUCCUACGCAAGCAUUGUGCUGUACUACAGUCGAUAGUCCCAGCAAAGCCCGCUCAAGUCGAAGUGAAGAAGCCAAAAUUCACCGUGAGUCACGCUCAAACUUCCGCUCCAAAUUCCACCCGUUGUCCAUUCUGCUCGGAAGAAAUGCAUUCAGCCUUCAAAUGCCAAAAAUUCAUCAAGAUGAAAAUUCCAGAACGGUACGAGAAGGUGAAACGGUUUGGGCUCUGCUUGAAUUGUCUUUCGUCGUCACACAUGGUUCGAGUAUGUACGGCUGGCGUAUGUCGAUACUGCCAGAGGAAGCACCAUUCGCUUCUCCACUCCGGAGGCUUCAACAGUGGAAAGUCAGCUGCACCAACACCACAGAGCGACUCCUCCGGCCCACAAAUUCAGAAUCGAUCACAGACGACAAACCCACAGCAACCACAGCCACAAGCCCAGAACCAACCAAUCCAGACUCAGACAGCUGGUCCCAGUACCAGCUCCUUUCCCAUUGCAAACACAAAUUCGCUCUCGCAAACACCACCACAACCCACCACAGAUCCUACACUUCCAUGCAAUUCUCUCCCCGCCACGAUACACACCCCACCUCGUCAAGUUUUGCUCUCAACGGCACUCGUUCGUGUGUCGGACAAGUUCGGAAAUACCCAGCUAGCAAGGGUCCUUCUGGAUUCCUGUUCCGAAUAUUGCUUUGUCACAACAAGCCUUUCGCAAAGGUUGAGGUUGGCGGAAACAUCCAGCUACCUGUCCGUAGCCGGAAUCGGAGGAUCCGUGGUCAAAUCAACAAAGAAGGUGGAAGCUAAAAUUACUGCAAGAUCCUCUCGUAUCUCCGAGUACUCCGAAAACAUCCAGCUUCACGUGCUUCCUAGACUCACCUCAGAAUUGCCGAUAAAUCCAGUCAACGUGCAAGAGUUGGCCAUUCCCAGCGGAUUCAUCUUGGCGGACCCGAACUUCCACAAGCCAGGUCCGAUCGACAUCAUUAUAGGCGCAGAGUACUACUACGACUUGCUCCGGGAGGACAAGGUGAAACUUUCCGACGAUGGACCAACGCUGCAAAGUACCGUCUUCGGAUGGGUGGUCUCAGGACGUAUUUUUGGGAACGCUGUCGAGGUUCCUACAACAGUUUCUCACUCCUGUUCCACUCUCGAUCUACGAGAACUCAUAGCCAAGUUUUGGGAACUGGAGUCCUGCAAUAGUUCGAGCACUUUGUCGGUCGAAGAAACUAUAUGUGAAGACAUCUAUGAGAAAACGACUGUACGAGAUAACGAAGGAAGAUUUGUCGUAACGCUUCCCAAGAAAGAGCACGUCAUCAGCCAACUGGGAGACUCCAAAGCCAUCGCUCUAAAACGCCUCCACGGAAUGGAGAGAAGAUUCGCAACGAACGAAAAGUUGAAGGUACUCUACAUCGACUUUGUCCAGGAAUACCUUUCCAUGAACCACAUGCGUGAAGUCGAUGCUGGAGAAGACAAAAGGCCAUCAUAUUAUCUACCUCAUCACGCAGUGCUCAAACCUGACAGCACCACCACCAAGUUAAGAGUAGUGUUUGAUGGUUCCUGCCGCUCCUCGUCUGGAGUGUCCUUGAACGACGGCCUAAUGGUAGAACCUGUGGUGCAGGACGACCUGUUCUCCAUCAUCCUGCGUUUCCGCUCUUGGGAAUUCGUGCUGGUAGCGGAUAUUGCCAAGAUGUACCGCAUGGUGAAGGUGGCGGAAAACGAUCAGCCAUUUCAGCGGAUUUUGUGGAGGGAUUCACCUGAUCAGCCUGUCAGGACCUACGAGUUAACCACCGUCACCUACGGAACCGCAUCAGCGCCAUAUCUGGCGACCAAAUGCCUUCAACGGCUAGGCACAGAAGGUGAGACCUCCCACCCGACAGCCGCAAAGGUCGUUCGAAAGGACUUUUACGUUGACGAUUUGUUAACCGGUACCGACAGCAUCGAAGAAGGGAAAGCACUCGCCACGGAGCUCAUUUCCCUGACAAACUCAGCUGGCUUCACGUUGCGCAAGUGGAGCUCGAACAGUUCCGAGCUGAUGUCUACGAUUCCAGCAGAACUUCGAGAUGAACGCACCACCCUGGAACUAGAUUCGUCGACGUCGGUUGUAAAAACGCUUGGGCUUACUUGGGAACCGGCCAAGGACAUCUUCAAGUUUGCCGUACCACGCUGGAGCUCUGAGCCAACCAUCACCAAGCGGGUCGUUCUCUCCGACACUGCUCGCAUUUUCGAUCCACUGGGCCUCCUCGGUCCGGUAACUGUCCAAGCGAAAAUAUUUCUCCAGCAGCUUUGGAAGCAGAAGUCGGAUUGGGACGAUGCCUUGCCAGAAACCUUUCAGGCUUUCUGGAUCGAAUUUCGUCGGAACGCCGGCGCCCUCGAGUCUCUCUCGGUUCCACGAUGGACCGGCUUCAGUAGCAGUUUAGCGUCGGUGGAACUGCAUGGGUUUUGCGAUGCGUCGGAGGCAGCAUAUGGUGCCUGCCUGUAUCUGCGGUGCGAAUCACCGGACGGAUCAGUUACCGUCCGCCUCAUCACUUCGAAAUCGCGCGUAGCGCCUCUGGAAGACCUCUCGCGCAAGAAGAAGAAGCAGUCGAUCCCACGGCUUGAAUUAUCAUCCGCUUUACUUCUGAGCCAUCUCUACGAGAAGUUCCGGAGCAGCGUUCACGUUUCUGCCAAUGUCUACUUCUGGACGGACUCCAUGAUAGUCAAAUGCUGGCUCUCGUCACUUCCUUCGCGUUGGCAAUCGUUUGUGGCUAACAGGGUGUCAGAAAUCCAGCACAUUACCAAGUCAGGAGUUUGGAAUCAUGUCGCUGGGGCCGACAAUCCGGCGGAUAUAGUAUCCCGCGGGAUGACACCUGCCCAGUUGGCUUACCAGUCCAUCUGGUUCGAAGGUCCGUUGUGGCUACGCCAAGAUCGAACCAAUUGGCCAAAGUCAGCAGUCGUUCAAUCAGAGUUGGAGAAUGCUUUGCUGGAGGAAAGGCCAGCAGCAUCGCUUCCCGUUCAAGUCAAGCCACCCAGCUCCAUUUUUUCGCUCCGAUCAUCGUUCCCGGCACUAGUCCGACUCGUUGCAUGGAUUCGUCGGUUCGCACACAAUGCAGUUCCUAGACACCGAGCUUGCAAGCACAGCGGAAUCCUGUCGACAUUCGAACUCAACAAAGCAGAGCUACAGCUAGUACGAUUAUCCCAGUCGGAAAGCUUUCCGGCGGAAAUCGCUGCGUUAUCCAAGAACCAGCCCAUCAGUCCAUCGUCGAAGCUCCUUGCAGCAAAUCCCUUUUUGGUCGAAGGCGUACUUCGGGUCGGCGGCCGGCUGCAGCGUGCUCCUAUUGCAGAAACCCGCAAGCAUCCACUGAUUCUACAUCACCAACAUCCACUAACGAAGCUGAUAAUGGAUCACUAUCACCGAAGACUGUUCCACGCUGGACAGCAACUCGUAAUCAGUUCCGUCCGAGAGAAGUUCUGGCCAACGCGAGCCCGAGACGUCGCCCGUUGGACCAUUCAUCGCUGUGUUCCCUGCUUCCGGAGCAAACCAAAGGUCCACGAGCAGCUGAUGGCCGACCUACCUCCCGUUCGGGUGACACCCGCAGCUGUUUUUUUGAAGGUCGGAAUCGACCUAUGCGGACCGUUUCACAUUCGCUAUCCAGGUCGUCGCAGCGCACCGAUCAAAGCCUUUGUGUGCAUUUUCGUCUGUCUGGCGACCAAGGCCGUACACAUGGAAAUUGUUGCCGAUCUCUCAACACAAGCGUUCCUUGCGGCGUUCAAGCGAUUUGUCGCAAUUCGUGGAAAGCCCCAGUUGAUCAUGUGCGACAACGCAACCAAUUUCGUAGGAGCGAAUAGGGAACUGGAAUUGCUACGUCGACAGCUAAACGAUCAGCAAGAGGUUCUGGUCAACACAGCAUUAGACGAAGGAAUUGACUUCCAGUUCAUCCCACCUCGCUCUCCCAACUUCGGCGGACUUUGGGAGGCGGCUGUAAAAUCCUUUAAAGGACACUUUCGGAAGACCAUCGGCGACAGAACUUUGACGUACGACGAGCUGCACACCGUAGUUCACCAGAUUGCGGCGAUCCUCAACUCCAGGCCACUGACACCCCUCAGCAAUGACCCCGCCGACUUUGCGGCGCUCACCCCAGGACACUUCCUUGUGGGGAGGCCUCUUACGGCCGUUCCAGAGCCGGACCUGCAAGAGGUGCCGGAAAACCGCCUGUCCCAGUGGCAACGCACUCAGCAUUUCGUACAGCAACUGUGGAGAAAGUGGAAGUCGCAGUACCUUUCAGAUCUCCAUAACCGGACGAAGUGGACUCGGAAACGCGACAAUCUGCAUAUUGGAACCAUGGUCCUCGUGAAAGAGGAUAACCUACCACCCCAGAAGUGGCGAUUGGGUAGAGUCACGGAAGUUUUUAAGGGCGACGACGGAAACGUCCGCGUCGUAACCGUCCGCACGCAGGACGGCGUCUUCCGGAGGGGAAUUUCCAAGAUUUGCAUCCUUCCAAUCCGGGACAACGAUCAGGAGUCCCCAUCAAAAGACUGA